ACAGGUGUCGCCAUCUGGUGAUUGGCCAGGAGACGUGCGUUCGCAAAACCACCGAAACAGGACGCUCGUAGAUAAGAAUUGGUCGGUGUUUGUGUUGCGUACUUGGACCCGUAUCUAACUGUAAACCGUUCUCCGAGAGAAGUGAGAAACAUUAACGGUAUCGGUUUCAUCUUUCGGACGUUUUUCGGUUCGUAUCUGGUAUCUGGUCCGCGGGAUAAGUUCGUUGUCCCCGCAAUAGUGAUACGGAGGUCGCGUGUGAAGAAUAACGAGAGGACUGACUUCGUCGAGCGCGUUCCUUUCGGAGUAAGGGGUACGCCAGCCGUGAAUCUGGAGAACCUGCGACACGACAAGGGUCGGACAGUGUCGUCGCUGUGCUUCACGGGGUCGUAGCAUGUGAAAAUGGAUUUUAAAAGCGUGGUGUACAACGCUGCGAGGGACGGAAAGCUGAAACGCUUGAAGGUGUUUUUGGACAGUCGAGGGAAGGAUGAGGUAGAGCAGUUGGUCGGUGUCAAAACUCACGGUGCAACACCGUUGGUAAUGGCCUGUCGAAACGGACACUACGACGUAGCUGAGUACCUCAUCGAAAAAUGUGGAGCGGACAUCGAGCAACCUGGAUCAGUGAUGUUCGAUGGCGAAACGAUAGAAGGUGCAGCCCCCCUGUGGUGCGCAGCGGCCGCUGGCCACUUGGCAUUGGUCAGGUUGCUGGUUAAAAAAGGUGCCAAGGUGAAUUCGACCACUAAAACAUACUCCACACCCCUGCGUGCAGCUUGCUUCGAUGGCUAUUUCGAUAUUGUCAGAUUUUUGGUACAUCACGGGGCUGACAUUGAAAUGGCAAAUCGUCACGGUCACACGAGUCUAAUGAUCGCCAGUUUCAAAGGUCACGUUAGAAUCGCCAAGUUCCUACUCGCGCUGAAGGCAGACGUUAACCGAAAAUCCACGAAAGGUAACACGGCACUGCACGAUUGCGCCGAAAGUGGAUCCUUGGAGAUCGUGAAGGUACUGAUCCAGCAUGGUGCACGGAUGGACGUGGACUCGUAUGGGAUGACGCCACUCCUUGCGGCAGCAGUAACAGGCCAUAAACUCAUCGUUGAAUACUUUAUUAGUAUGACGAACUUGGUAAGCCGGAAGGAGCGCAUAGACGCACUGGAGCUUUUGGGCGCCACUUACGUGGAUAAAAAGAGAGAUAUGAUCACUGCGCUUGAACUUUGGAAACGAGCGAUGGACGAAAGAUACCGAGAUGAUUGUCCUGUAAUAUUGAAAUCGCCGGCACCGGCGAUAGCUGCUUACAAUUUUGUACGCGAGAUUACCGACCCCGACGCAUUGGAUGAAUUGUUAACCGACCCGGACGAAAUGCGAAUGCACGCGCUCAUAAUCAGGGAACGAAUAUUGGGGCCGGCCCAUCCUGACACCAGUUACUACAUUCGCUACAGAGGAGCUGUUUACGCGGACGGCGGAGAAUUCGAUCGUUGCAUCGAACUCUGGAAUUACGCUUUGGACAUACAGCAGAGAAUGCUGGAGCCGCUCGAUCCGAUGACUCAGAGUUCCCUCACUAGUUUUACCGAGCUUUUCAAUUUUAUGACGAGCAGACAGACGACCACGGGGCGCAGGGUACCGCCGAUUAUGAGGGAGGAGCUUCUUCGAGUGUUCGAGAAAGCUGUGAUGGAAGUAAAAUCGGGAAAACAAAUGUUGGACAAGGUGCCAGCCAGCGAGCGUGAUCUGACGUAUAUGAACAGAGUUCUCGUCAUCACCUUACAUCUGGCAUCUUUGUUGAUAAACGAGGCUCCCAAAGAGGGUACUGAAAAAAAUAUCACACUGCACAAAGCGAUUUACGAAUUAGUUCAAAUAAAUGCCAAAGGCCAAAAUGGUCGCGAUGCAUUGCAAUUGAUUCAUAGCGGCGAGGGGGGUUCUUUAUUGGGCCGAUACUCGACCUCUAAGAUUUCUCUCCCACAUUUGACGACAGCUCUUAUAAAAGCUGGCGCCGAUGUCACGGCGAGAGACAAUGACGGAAAUACAGCGCUACAUCUUGCUGCCUUGUCGAACCUCUGGCGGCUGGAUCUCGCCAACACCCUCCUCGAAGCCGGUGCUCAUAUCGAUGCCGUUAAUAACGAAGGUAAAACCUUCGAAAUGUUGUUAUCCAAUAAACGCCUUUACGAUUUGGUAAAUCCCGUAAAGUAUACUACGCUCGCCUGCUUGGCAGCCAGAGUAGUCAGAAGAACGCAUAGAAUAGAACAUCUUCCAAAACAUCUUCAAGCCUUUGUUCAAAUGCAUUAAUGAUAUUGAUGGUUGGUUACGGAGAUGACACGCUGUCGUUUAAGAUGCCACGAAAGAAUUGAAUUUGUUAACUAAAAAAAAUGAAAUUGUUGACGAUAAAGUUCUGAAUUCUGUUGGAGAAGUAAACCGAUAACUAGAACAUGUUUCUGUGAAUGGGAAAGUAUGAAACCUACCCUGAGAGAAUUGCCAUUAUUAUUCAUGUGAUAAUACGAUAAAAACAGUGCACUUAACAUAGAUUACGCUCCUGGAGAUGUCUCGUUAGAUAUGAGUUUCAGUACCUCAAAAUUAUUGACUAAUUGUAUGAGACUACUAGUUUAUUCUUUCAGUUGAGAAAUUACUAUCGUGAUUCUAUGUAGGAAAUGUCUCUGAUAUUAAUAUCGAACAUUAUAAGGACACUCGAUCUGUGAAAUAAGGAACCUAUGGGAAUACUUACUGGCAUCGAUUACAAUGGCUUAGAAAUAUUGAUCAAUGUGAUUUUAUUAUUGUAUACUUGGCAUAUAGCCAUUCCCUUAUACAUAAACCCCAUACAAGCCAUAAUACACACUUUGCGUUGAUAAUAUUUAGUUAUAACAUGAAUGUAUGUUAAAUUUGAGAAGUUAUGUAAUCCUGGAGAAUAUUAUUUUAUUUUCAACGCUGUAUAAAGAAAUAAAACCAGGAAUAAGAUUGUGUAAUACACUUUUUUGCUACAGCGUGAAUAAGUAAUUCGAAUAGAAAUAAGCAAAUGCUUUUGUCCGAGAAAGCAAAUAAAAGUAGAAUAAUUCAACAUUUUUUUUUUUUAAUAUCGCAAAGUUUCGAAUUGUCAUAUAACAUACGUGUUUUAUUUUUAAUAGAUAUCCGUUAAAAUGUCAUUCAAUUUAAUUUACUUGAAAUUGUUUAUUAUCGGGUACAUCAAAGUUACGUGCAUAUUGAUUCAUAAUAUAUAUCUUGCGAACAGUUCAGUUACAUCGAUCCUUAAGCUUAAUUUUAUUUAAAAUGUGAUAACUAUACAUAUAGAUUAUACGUAUUAUACAGAAUAAUUAUUAUAUAUAGACAUAAGAAUGAUGAUACGCGAGGUGUUCAAAGUAAGGUGCUUUUUUUGAGAACAGUCGAAUACUUGCACUUGAAGCUAAAAUAGCAUGACUGUGACAAUGUCCUAAACAAAGCGGGUAGAGUUUAUAAUUUCAUUGAUAAUUAUUGACGCAACUUAGUAGUUUCAUACUCUUUGAACACGUUUUUAUUGCAGCGAGUGCAUUCUACACACUUCUAUAAUUUUACACAAAUACUAUGAUUCUCUGCAAAAAAAGUAUCUUACGUUCAAAGUCACCCAAUUUAAUUGUUUUAUAAUGUAAAGACUGUGGAAAUACAAGUGUGAUUAAUAAUAUAA